AUGUUUCGAGUGUGUCUACUACUGAUCAUCGCGAGAAUGGCAUCGGCGCAGGUGCCAUUUCUUGGCGCAUGUCCCAAUUUGGAAGCUAUGCAGAAUUUCGACAUAAUAAGGUAUAUAGGGAAAUGGUACGAAGUGGAGAGGUAUUUCGCUCUUUUCGAAUUCGGUGGUAAGUGCGUGACUGCGAACUACAGUCAAGGUGAAAAUGGAUCCAUAAACAUCUUGAAUAAGCAGAUAUCUUCUCUGACCGGCGUUUCUUCAAGUAUUGAGGGAAUCGGAAAGUCAUUGGGCAGAACGAGUGAAUCUAAAUUAAUCGUGACAUUUCCUUCUCUACCUCUACCUGUGGACGCACCUUACUGGAUUCUAGAUACCGAUUACGAAACUUACUCUGUUGUAUGGAGUUGCUCAAACUUUAGUGUAUUCAGUGUUCGAAACGCAUGGAUCCUAACGAGAGAACCGAAACCGCCAGUUUCCGUUUUGGAGAAAGCUUAUCAAAUAUUAGAUAAAAAUAGCAUUAGCAGAGCAUAUUUUAUUCGCACGGAUCAGAAGAAUUGCCCACGAGGAAAUUAA